GUAGAAAGAAACAUACAACCUAAAUGCAUUUAUUGUUGCGUCUGGGCUUGGUUUCAUAGCGUCAACACUGAACAGCCCCAUUAUUCUUUCACCCUCCGCCUAAAAAUGACAGCCUUGUUUUAAGUUAUUUAAGCGCGUUACUUAGUUCUACCCCCAUCGCUACAACGGGCGGAAAUUUUACUUUCGAUGCAAGACAGUUUGAGGUUUUCAGCCGCUGUGCAGGCGUCUCGGCAGAAUCGUGAACAGCAUGGCUUCGGAUCAACACGAGAUCAGGGAGCGUGUGAAGCAGCUUUUGGAAAAACCUGGGAAUGGAAACUGUGCCGACUGUGGAGCUGCAGAUCCGGAGUGGGCGUCCUACACCCUGGGAGUGUUUAUGUGUCUCAGCUGCUCCGGCCUUCAUAAAAACAUUGCUCAGAUCAGCAAGGUGAAAUCUGUUCUUCUGGAUCCCUGGAGCUCCUCUGAGGCGGAGUUUAUGGAGUCUGUGGGUAACAAUGCAGCCAAGGCCAAGUAUGAAAAGAUAGUCCCUGCCUUCUACUACACCCCUACACACAAAGACUGCACGCUCCUGCGGGAACAGUGGAUCCGAGCCAAGUACGAGAGGAAGGAGUUCCAGUGUGUGAAGAGGCAGGAGCCCUACUCAGCAGGCUACAGAGAGGGGUUUCUAUGGAAACGAGGCAGAGACAACGGACAGUUCCUCAGCCGGAAAUUUAUUCUGUCAGAACGGGAAGGUGUUUUGAAGUAUUUCAACAAGCAUGAUGCCAGAGAGCCCAAAGCGAUAUUGAAGAUCAACACUGUGAAUGCCACUUUCCAGCCAACAAAAAUCGGCGUUAACAACGGCCUGCAGAUAACAUAUUUGAAGGACAACAGCACUAGGAAUAUCUUCAUCUACCAGGAGGAUGGAAAGGAAAUGGUGGACUGGUUCAACGCCAUUAGAGCUGCCAGGUAUCACUACCUGGAGGUGGCUUUUCCAGGAGCUUCCAAAUCUGAGUUAUUGCAAAAGCUAACAAGGAACUACAUAAAGGAAGGUUACAUGGAGAAGACCGGUCCAAAGCACACAGAGGGCUUCAAGAAGAGAUGGUUCACGAUGGACGACAGGAGGCUCAUGUACUUCAAAGACCCACUGGAUGCCUAUGCGCGAGGCGAGGUGUUCAUUGGCAGUAGGGAAAACAGCUACAUCGUGCUCCCGGGCUUCUCCUCGAAUAUCCAAGGCUACCAUUGGCAGUUUGGAAUCACCAUAGUAACCCCAGACAGGAAGUUUCUCUGUGCGUGUGAGACUGAAGAGGAUCAGAAAGACUGGAUCGCUGCAUUUCAGACGGUUAUCAACAGACCAAUGCAGCCUCAGGAGUAUGCAGUGGAGGCCUACUUUAAGCACAAACCAUGACUGUCGUAGUGUUUGAACACCUGUUGGUGCAGGGAGUGGAUCUGUCUGGCCUGAGAUCUGUUUUUAGUCUCAUUAUUGAAGUCUUCAUAAAGUCUUAAGGGUGACGAAGAAAAAGACCUGAAGGUGAGACCGUUGGCAUUCCCACAGUGACUCCUUCACUGUACCAUCCUGCUCAGAAUCACUCCUAACUCCCUCAUCUGUUAUGUGAUGUGACUUACAGUAUAUACGUGAAAGAGGUCAGUCAUCUUGACCUUAAAGUGCAAACAAUUGCUUGAAGGAAUCAGAAUUGUUGCUGCUCAGAUGUCAAAAUACGUUUUUCUAUGUUCCAAGUAUGAAUACUUAAAAUACUUUGAUGUUUAAUACAACUGAAGAAGCCUUGCAUUUCAACCAAAUGUACAAACAGAGCCCUUCUGGCCAGUUAUAUGCAAACUAAGAGAUUAUCUGACAAACUGCAAAGAUUCUGUAAAUCAGGAACAAUACAAACAUGGUCUGUAUAUACUCAUUUGUUUUCAUGUAGGGGUAUAAUAUUUAAUUCUCAAUGUAUUUAUUUUUGUAAUUGUCUGAUUUGCUAUGUGCAUCUUUUAAUAUAUAUCUGCUAUAUAUUAAGUGCCAAGUAUUGCAGGUUUGCUUUAUUUUUGCUUUUUUUUUUUAAAUAUACAUUCAUGCAGCUAAAUAUUAACUGCAUUGAUUUGUUUUCCAAUCGCAUUUAAGAAUUGAAUUCCCUUUGUCAAACCAGUACAUAUUGUGAUCCUUUUCAAGUAUUGACUUAAGUGAUAUGAUUAUUUAUCCAGCAGAGGGAGACAAAGGACAAGCUUUACACUUACUAUGACCCCCACCCAAAACUUGAGGGACUUGAACUAGCCCAGGACUAAAUGCACAAAAGAGAGGUGUGCAGAUGCUUUUGCGCAGCAUCGCCUUUAUAUAAAACGAGUGCCCUGCUUAAGCGUCACCAACACUUUAUUCUCCACCACACAGCGUUUUCUAACUCAUGUUCUGAACUCACUGCGAAGUUGUCUGAGUAAAGCUGAAAUGGGGUCACUAUUAAGGAUAAAAGCCACAUUCCCUGUGUUUUAUUGUAGUUAACUUUCAGUUACAGGGAAGAAGUUGCACAUUAAAAAGUAGUGUAACCAAUAAUACAUUACUCUGAACAUCAAGAUUCAAGAAAUAUGAAAAAGUGCAGUACAUACUGAACAGAGAUAACCAGUUUCUAGACAUAAAGUGAAACCUACCAAAGCAAGCUGUACAAAAAGAGGCCUAUGCUUCUUUUACAAAGAACAGUUUAAUCCUGUUAACAGAUGAUAAGAAAACGUACUUGUCGGACAUUUCAGAAAGCAUUGCACUAUCUACCCAUUUAUAUAUUCAUGAAUGGAAAAAAAGCUGCCUACUAAUGUUUGCACACUGACUACUAAUAAAACAAGAGAAAUAUACACAUGUGUGUCGUACACAAUACUGUAAGUCUUCAUUUCCCCAAUAUACCCCCAACAAUUGCACACAUACUCUUAUCUACGAUCUAAAGUGCUAUUUUCCACAGUUAUGAAAAGAAAAUGUUUCACAUCGUGUUUGUAAGAUCCUGAUUCAAACAAUUUAAUAACUAAAUCAUAAAUAUUAAUUUAGAAGAAAGGUUGCAUUAGAGCUUUUCAAGACUCAACAUUGAUCCUCUAAUAUUGAAAAUAUACCAAACAUGUUUAAGGUUCUUUGACCCAUGCACUGCCUUGUUUCUGAAUGCUUGUUUAAACUACUGUAUAUUUCAUUUUUGCAUCUAGCAUGAAUUCAAAUCUAAUAAAAUACUUUGUGGCUCA